AGUAGUACUGGUAUGACCACAUUUCUUCAAGAGGUCAGGUCAGAAUUCAGAUCUAGCCCCCACACUCAGCCAGCCAAGUCACUCACAAGCAUUUUGCCAACAUAUUCCGGAGAGGAGAAAAUCCAGAUCCCAAAGCUCCCAAUUUUUUUUUAUUUCACCUUCCAAAAAGCCCAAUAAAACCCCCCCUCACUCUUCUCUCCUCUAUCCUCCCCUCACUCUCUCUCUCCCUUGCCAAAGGCGACAUUUUUAUCAUGGCCACCACCUCCACCCACGCGCCGCCGCCGCACUCGCCGCUGCCGCUGCCGGCGGCGGCCGCCGGCGACCCUUCCAACCCGUUCCCGACCACGUUCGUGCAGGCGGACACCACGUCGUUCAAGCAGGUGGUCCAGAUCCUCACCGGCACCCCGGAGACCGCGGCCGCCGCCGCGGCGGGCGGCGCAGCCGCCGCCGCGCCGCCCCCGGCGGCGGCGAAGCCCGCGCCCGCGCCGCCGGGGCCGAAGAAGCCGGCGUUCAAGCUGUACGAGCGGCGGAGCAGCAUGAAGAGCCUCAAGAUGCUCUGCCCGCUGCUCCCCGCCGCCGCCGCCUUCGCCGCGGGCGGAGGAGGGGGGUUCUCGCCCUCGCCGCGGGGGUUCUCGCCGCGCGGCGGCGGGAUGGAGGUGCUGUCCCCGAGCAUGCUGGACUUCCCGUCGCUGGCGCUGGGCAGCCCCGUGACGCCGCUCCCGCCGCUGCCCGGGUCCGACGAGGCCGCCGCGGCCGAGGACCGCGCCAUCGCCGAGAAGGGGUUCUACCUCCACCCUUCCCCUCGCGGCAAUGCCGGCGCCGCCGGCGAGCUCCAGCCGCCUCCCAGGCUCCUCCCCCUCUUCCCCCUCCAGUCUCCUGGUCGGCAGUGACCAUCUCGCCAUCUUCUUCUUCUUCUUCUUCCUCCUUGGUAUGCUCUGCUUGUCUGGUUAAUGAUGCUCUAAUUACAUGGCUCAUGGAGGGCGAUUUCAUCGCUGGAUUGUCCAAAUCUUCAUCUUCAUCUUCAUCUUCAGUCUCUCCUGUGAGCUCUGGGAGGAUCGAAUCGAAUCCGUGUAUGUCAGUCAUGUUGUAAUCCUAGUGUUUGUAACAGUAAAUUUGGGCGCUUAAGAGAGAUUAAUUGAUCGCCGAGCUUAAAGUAACUGUUCUUUCCUCUUUUGUUUUUCUUUUCUUCCUCAUCUUGAUGGAAUUUGCAUAGGUUUUAGCUUGUUUUUUUUCCUUUCACUUCUCUUGCUUCAGAAGCUUGCUUUGGCAAUUUGACUUGGUAGAGUAAUUUGGUAGUCCAAAUCUUGUACAUUAAAGUUUUCUAAAUUGAGUUAUAUGCGAGAGGCAAGUGGAUGCUCAAGUUGACAUU